AUGGCAGAGCGACUCGAGCUUCUCCUCAAGUCAUCGCCGCACCUUGCGCUACUCAUCAAAGACCUCCACAUCAUUGAAGAAUCCGAACUAUGUAUCUGGGGCAGCUGGCUCACAGAUGACGAGUCUUUGCCAUUCAUUCUUCCGCUCCUCGUCAAUCUAGAACGCUUUCAUAUUGCUAAUGACAGGAUAUACCCAGGGGAUAUCUACCUAACACACCUUCCAAAGCCUGUACAAGAAGCAUUCUUCGCUACCUGGCGGUCACCCAAAUUGACACACAUUGCGAUGGCGGGUAUCCGUUUCGUAUCGUUCAAGGAUGUCCUCUCGGUAAUCUCCCAUUCCAGUCACUCAGUACGGAACAUCGCGCUCUGCAAGGUCGAUGGCGAUGACGAGGUGGAGGUCAAUGGCCAAUUAGUCAUUCUAGGUCCAUCUAGUCCUCGUGGUAUCGAUUCCUUGACAUUCAAGCCAUGUCUGGACCGACGUUCCACAGAAUUUUAUACGUGGCUGCUCAAUCCCGAGGCGAGAUUUGAAUUGUCUUCGCUGCGCAAGUUACACUUCUACAUUGGUGGAGAAUCCACAUUUAAGAAAGAUCUCUCUUUCUUCCGUCACAUCCUCAUGGCAAGCCCAUCAAUCGAAGAACUACAUAUUGCGAUGAAUUACUUGUACGGGAAUAUGUGGACAGACUCUGGUCCUCACGUGCCAGUCGAUAUUUCGUCCAUUCGGGUUCUUCAUUUAGCAGUUGACGUUUUCGACUGUCUUCCGGUCCUGGACUGGUGGUGUGACAACCUCACCUCAACCCCAGCUCUGGCUCUGAAAGAGUUCGAGAUAUACACUGUCCCCGGGUACACUAGCCUUUGCGAAACUGCAUUGGAUUCGGUACCGGAAUGGAAACGUCUGGACGAAAUACUGACCUCCGUGUACCAGGAUAUCAACUUGAAGAUCCGAUUACUCUCACUGAGCGCUGGCAAUCUCUUCGUUGUUGCGGAGGAUUUAAGGCUCGGUUUUCCAAGAUUGAGGGGCAAAGGCAGAUUGGAGGUUGAUCGUGUGGAUAAAGUUGAAAGGUGGAGACAGGUUGAUGGCGUAUACUGGCUAUGA